GCAAAUUGAGGGCGCCCUUUAGUAAGCCUACUACAAUUUUGUGAGAAAAACAUGAACACCGUCCCGUCAAAGCUGAAGGUUUCCGAAGGUUAAAAGAUACAUUAUGAGGAACUCGUGAAUUCGUACUAGAAGACAAGCAGCAAAAUUCUGUGGCACCCUAUGAACUGUGUGUCCUCUGUCCUGAGUUUCAAGUCUUGGAAACCUCCAUUGCAACUACAUUAUAGGUGUAAGCUAGGUGGCAAUCCAAUAUGUGUGAUCCAUUGAAUAGUAAGAAACUCAACAUUGCUCUACAUCUACGGGAUCGGGAAGCUGGAAGAGGAAACAGUUUCACAUAUAGACGCAACUGUAAAAUGUGGAGAACACUAAUCUGUGACAAAGAUGCACAAUACAAGAAAGCAUGGACUGUAUCGUCAGAAAGCAAUAUAUAUUACCUUGGAGAUAGACUCUACCUUGAUGAUUUUAGAACGUGUUACUCUUUGAAUGGUCGGAAUGCAUUGCCGACCUUGAUUUAUGAGGAGAAUGACCAAUCCCAUUCCUAUGGAUUGGAGGCUCAUCUUCAUUGUUCAGUCAAUAUAGCCUCGUUACCAUUUCCAACUGCAGGGCAUAGACCUUAUGUCCUUGCCCUUACCGAAUGCUGCAACCUUAUUUGCAUUGAUCUCCCAACUGGACGAGUCUUCAACAAGGUUUUCCUAGGACGACAGGGUGAUAUAUCCUUUAAGUACUUAACAUGGGAUAUUGAUUAUGAGAGAGCAGUUGUAAGCACAACUCAAUCCAAAUCAUCAACUAUACUGAAGUCAUUUGUGUUGGUGAAUGUUUUUCCAUUUGAAGUACUUGGGAGGUUUAAUGUUUGUCAUGAGGUCUUUGGCAGAAAUAUUGCAGAUGCCACCAUAACAGAUGGAUUGCUGAUAGUGAUGCAUAAAAACAACAAAAUCAAGAUGUACAACAUGGACAAUAUCAUACAAGAGAAUAUGAAAUUUCCAAUCACACAAAAGCAGUCAUUUGAGUCUACUGGAAGAUCAGAGUCAGGACAGUCGUAUCAUAGUGGAAUACCAAGCAAUUUACAACUAUCAGAAUGUCCAGCAGCUCUUCUGGAAUUGAAAUGCCUAGAUCGGAAUGUGUCCAUUGGAGGUCAUCCUUGGCAUUAUAUGUAUGUACCACUCAGUGAUGACCCUGUGUUACCUCCAGAAACAGAGACUGAUUCAGAAACAUUUGUAGUCUGCGAUGUGGCAACCGGUCAAAUGGUUGAGAGCGGACUCUUGGAAUUGGAAACUUGGUCAUUUAACGCUACAACUUGUUUUCAUUUUGAUGAUUCACAAAGGAUUGUACAACUCGGUGAUUGUGAAUUUACUGUGAGUACAUUUCAUACAAGAGAUGAUGGUAAGAGUGAGUUACGUGUGGCAUAUCGGUUACUUCCUCCUGAUGCUGAGGAAGAUAAAGAAGAUGAAGAGGACAGCAUCUUGAUAACAUCAUCAGGGAGAAUAGUCAAACAAAACAGCUCCUUCAAUUUGAGAGACAGUCUUUCAAAUAAAAGCAGAAUCAGUGACAUCAAUUACGACUCCGAGCUGGAUUUUUUAUUGCUAUCUUAUGCAACACAACAAGUUAUGAAUGAUCCACACCAAUCAUCAGCCAUGUUAGAAGGAAGGCUUGGAAUUCAUUGUAAUCAAACAGGUCAUUUACUUAAGAUGGUUGACCUUGAUGGCUUGUGGUUUGAGUUCCAGCCAACUUCAAUUGAAAUGGACAUGGACUUCAUGGUACAGAUCUACACAAAGGUACCCAGUGUUGAACAUGUCUGCAAGUUGUACAGAUUGGAACGAGGAAUUGAAAACAGAUGUCAUGAUGAAAAGUAAAUUACCUUGAACCGCAGAGAAGGCAUGUAUUUACAUGUAGUGGGUUCCUAGUAACGAAACUCAUGUCCAAGAUUUUAUCAGUAUGCCAAAGAAAACCAAAGCCCUUUUUUUUUUAACUGUUGGAUUGUUUUGAUCUAAUAAAAUGCAAUAAAACUAAACUGUGAAAAUUUCUUCGGUUUUGGGAUAUUGCCAAAAACUCUGGAGCGAUAAGUUCAAGCGGAAAGAAUAAUCAGUAUUGGAAUACACUAUCUCAGCUCAGAAACGAUACUGUCAGUAGGGCUUCUCAGAUUCAAAUUAGUAUUGGAAUACACCAUCUCAGCUCAGAAACGAUACUGUCAGUAGGGCUUCUCAGAUUCAAAUUAGUAUUGGAAUACACCAUCUCAGCUCAGAAACGAUACUGUCAGUAGGGCUUCUCCAUCUCAGCUCAGAAACGAUACUGUCAGUAGGGCUUCUCCAUCUCAGCUCAGAAACGAUACUGUCAGUAGGGCUUCUCCAUCUCAGCUCAGAAACGACACUGUCAGUAGGGCUUCUCAGAUUCAAAUUAGUAUUGGAAUACACCAUCUCAGCUCAGAAACGAUACUGUCAGUAGGGCUUCUCAGAUUCAAAUUAUGGGGGGAUAAAAACUGAUGUACGUGUACACAACAACAUACAUUACUUGGAAGUGAAAUGAUUCUCAAGAUGCUUUACAUUAUUCACAAAACUUUUAAGAGUGAUUACCGGUACCAGAGGCAUACCAAUUCCUUUUAAGAGUGAUUACCGGUACCAGAGGCAUACCAAUUCCUUUUAAGAGUGAUUACCGGUACCAGAGGCAUACCAAUUCCUUUUAAGAGUGAUUACCGGUACCAGAGGCAUACCAAUUCCUUUUAAGAGUGAUUACCGGUACCAGAGGCAUACCAAUUCCUUUUAAGAGUGAUUACCGGUACCAGAGGCAUACCAAUUCCUUUUAAGAGUGAUUACCGGCACCAGAGGCAUACCAAUUCCUUUUAAGAGUGAUUACCGGUACCAGAGGCAUACCAAUUCCUUUUAAGAGUGAUUACCGGUACCAGAGGCAUACCAAUUCCUUUUAAGAGUGAUUACCGGUACCAGAGGCAUACCAAUUCCUUUUAAGAGUGAUUACCGGUACCAGAGGCAUACCAAUUCCUUUUAAGAGUGAUUACCGGUACCAGAGGCAUACCAAUUCCUUUUAAGAGUGAUUACCGGUACCAGAGGCAUACCAAUUCCUUUUAAGAGUGAUUACCGGUACCAGAGGCAUACCAAUUCCUUUUAAGAGUGAUUACCGGUACCAGAGGCAUACCAAUUCCUUUUAAGAGUGAUUACCGGUACCAGAGGCAUACCAAUUCCUUUUAAGAGUGAUUACCGGUACCAGAGGCAUACCAAUUCCUUUUAAUGUUUUGCCUGAUGCGGAAUGAUGAAAUGCUUUCAAUAUGCUUUCAAUAAGCAAUCUGAAGAUUGCUCCUGAGCAAGGAAAUGUCCAGUAUACAACUUUUAACUUGACUGUUACUUUACAUCCUUUGAGCUGAAUAACCUUCCAUACUUAGGACUUGAUUCCAGUGCAUCGGCACUACUGCUGCAAAGAGUUUGGUCUGAUCAAGCUUGUUAACGGGGCCCAAAUCCAUAAAACCUGUAAGCACAACAAUUUGCUAAGCACAGAAAAGGAUUGCCUAACAGAAACAGAAAACCAGCCAAAAUAACAUUCUGUUUACAUUGUUGUGACUAGCAAAGAAAUUUGUCAAGUGGUAUUUCCUGCUUAACAACUUUAACGGACCGUGUCCUAUAGCAGAUAAGGACAAAUUCAGCUUUCAUUUACAAAUGUUUCGUUAAUCAAGACUAUAUACAGCUGAUGAACAGUGUAUUUAUUAUGUGGGAACAGAUUUAACGUAGUUCAUUAAAAAAUAUUUUUGGAGUGUAAUUGA